CUUGAACCUCACGUCGAACCUCACCUGGAAACCUCGUCCCAACGUAACCCACGCAACGUUUUGACGACCUUUUACAUUCUUUCCUGGCGUAUCGGCUACUUCCGGACCUUUAUCCAAGUUGCGCGCCGCUUCUUUGGACGUCUGCCGCUGCCUCUAGAUUCCGCGGCGCGCUUCUGCCGUCGCAAUGCACCAUGCCCGGUUACGGCAACGCUGCGCUGCAGCUUUCGCGCUGUUGGAACCGCGAGCCGGAUGCGCUGCCCUUCGCCAGGAAUGUCGCCCACCACACACUCAUAAGAAUUCUGCAGGACGGCUUAGAAUUCGAUAGGCUUCAGGCAGAGGUCCAAAAAACUCAACCACGGUACAAUUUUGGAGCUGAUCACGGCCGGCCCUUUUCCGUUCGGAAUGGCGAUCUCCUCACUUUGGACGAAGGGAUACCCGCAUAUCAACUUGCCGAGGACGCGAAUGACAGCAUCCCGGAUGCACCACCCAAGAAGGGAGCGAAAAAGAAAAAGGCGGCUAAGGUUAAUGGCGUGGUUCCACCCGUCGACGUCCAGACCAAUGGCGACGCCAUGGACCUGGACCAUCCUGGACACACGAACGUCACCAAUAGCGUGCGGGCCGAGUCUGAGAUGGUUCCUUCGGAUGCAGAGUCGCCUUCCGUUGCAGACCUGCCAAUAUCAACACUGAGCAUUGGCCAGAGCACUGAGAUACAGACAGAGGUGCCUAAGGACCUGGUGCCCAACACCACCUUCGCCUGCUCUGUAAAGGAAAGUGACAAACAAGUGACGCUGACUACGUGGGGAACGCCGGCGGCACCAUACCUGCUGGCCGCUGGCAAUUCGAUUUUGAGGGCGUAUCUCUUGCGUGGGAGCCUUGACAUGCCUCCGAUGAAACUAGACUACAAUCUCCCAUUGGGAAAAUUUUCCAUCACAGCCGCUUGCUUUGAUUCCAAGGGGUUGCUUACGGUUUCGGCAAGGCAGGAGAGUAGAGAUGAGACGGGGGAGAUUCUCAAGACAGAUCGGCUAUUCAGAGUCGGGGACGAACCAGAGGACUGCUACCUCCUCUCAUCAACUGCGGGAUUGGUGACGGCGCUGCGCUGGAAUGAACAAAGGCAACUACUUUUGGCCAUAUCCAGCGACGGUCAGAGAGGAUCCAUCAAAAUAUGGAGAGCACGUGAGGAGGUUGCGGAAGGUCAACCUCCAGAUUGGACUGCUUUUACAGACAAAAAUAUCUUCGCCGCUGUCUGGGUUAGCGAUUCGUCUUUUGUUGUCUGCGGCGAAGGCAUCUUCGCUAUUUACGAUGUCACGGAUGCGCUAACGUGUCGACGGAAUCUUGAAACAUCCAUCAACUGGGACGUUGUCAAGGCCGAUCCGGAUUCCGGCAUCAUUGUCGCAUUGGGAGUGGAGGACCGCAAGAGUUUCUUGGGUAUUGUGCUUCCCAGCGGAUCCGGAGCGCUUCAGACGCAGGAAUACCCGGACGAGUACUUUGAAGAUUUGGAUAUCCAGACUCGAGCGAGGCUUGGCUCCGUUAACGGCUUUUCCAGUCCAGACGAAGGAGUGGCAGCGUCUCCGGUGCUGCUAGCGACAUGCGCCACGUCGGGAGUGGUCCGUAUAUGGGACGCCAGGCAGCCCUUCCGCUUUUUGAACGGGCUAUCCACCGCCGACUUCACCAUGGCGCGCAGUAUCGCCUUCUCGCCCAACGGAAGGCUAUUGGCAGCGGCAGGACCCUAUUCAGUCACCGUAUGGGAUUUGGAGAAAGGAGGGGAGCCCGUGGCCACUUGGCGCACGGAGAAGGUUAGCAGACAAGACUGGGAUCCGAGUGUGGACGGGGAGUUCAGUCUAGGUUGGCAUCCGAACAGCUCCAAGCUGUCCAUUGCGCUCGGAAACCAGGUUGCCGUCAUGGAUGUCGAGAUGUAGUUCACUUCGCCAGGGACCCAGGGAGGUCCUCGGAGGCAAACGAAGCGCCUGUUUCCAUUUCCAUUUCGCCGGCCGGGCAGCGCGCCUCCCCACCGCACAAAGGAUGGAUGUGGUGGAGGGCCGCGGAGGAGGUCGUGGAG